UCUCUAAAUCUAACAACGACUGAACAAUUUAUUUUGAUAAAUAAUCUGAGCAUAAUCUUUGUAAUUUUAUCAAUCACAUUAUGUGUCACAUAAUGGAUUGACAUUCUUUCUUUGAAUUUAAAUUCAAUUUCCAGGAUGUGGCUAUUUGAAGGGGCUCCACGACCAUAAUCAUAAGCAUGUUGUUUUUGUCUAAUUUGAGUUGAAUAAUAAUGCAAUUAGUGCCAAUCUAAUGUGAUUGAGUUUAAUCAGCAAUUUGGCGGGCGAUGUAGCCAAUCAGAGAUAAGUGGGAGGAUCCAUACUCAUGACAUCAUCCACACUAUAUAAAACGCCACCGCGCAAGGGGAAAGAACAGAGUACUUCUUCUAACCCUAACGCUCUCUGGCUUCCUGUACGGUAUUUAUACUGUUUUGUCUUAAGCUUUCAGUAUAUUACAGGAAGUUUUCCGUGGUUCCGAUUCGUGUAAAAAAGCUGUAGAGUACUCUGAUGCUCGGUCUCACAGGUUUGAGUGUUUUGUGCGCGGACAGUCCUGCUGCCGCGAAGAGUUCGACUCUGUUGCACAGGCUUCAGAUCUGUGGGCUUCCAGCACCCCGAGCAGAUUAAACUGAGCAUGGCGAACUUUUGCGGACCUCUCCAGUGAUCCUGCAAACAAGCCUGCGCUCACACACUCGCUGCGGGUUAGGAUUCCUCCGAGACAGCCGUUUCAUUGCGUUGUGUACAACCGUACAACAGACUCGUCAGCUCAGAGAGGAAGAGCUCGUCCAAUACAGUCUACGAGCAGGGCAGCAGGCUAGAGGAAAUAACAGACGGAACGGGAUUUUUUUUUCUUUUGUAAUAGUCGACGUUUCUCAUUCAUUUAAAAGGGCAUGUUUACAGUAAGCACACCAUUUGGCUGUUUUAACACACAAAGAGAUGCUGAAGCAGGAUUGACUCGCUGCGUCGGUGAAAGGAGCUGUCCUCCACCAUGAGGUGCUGAUCGGCGGCCUGGCAGAACGAUGGCGACGGGGAAGUGGCUUCUGUACACGGGUCUCUGUCUGUCUCUCGUCGCCUUGUGUUUCUUGACAAUCGCAAUCUCAUCGGAUCACUGGUACGAAACGGACGCGAGGAGAUACAAGGAACGUUGCCGAACUUUCUCGAACCGCAGAAGCGAUCCGGGUUUUAUAUACAUCCCCAACCACAGCCUUCCACUGCGAGCCACCCGAGCGAACCUGGACCGAUGGGAAAACCGACUGCUUCUGGCUAGAAACCGGCGUCAGCUGUUCGCGAUGAGCGCGGCGGAUGAGUGCAGCAGACGCUACAAUUCAACCAACAUGGGUCUGUGGAGCAAAUGCUACAGGGUGGGAUUUGACCCAGACAUCGAAGAGCUCAUUCAGAAAGGAACUAUCGAGCGUUGCUCGUUCAUAAGGUACUUUUACUCCUCCCCUGCAGUGACUCGAAAGGAUCUUUCCUACAACAUCACCAAGACUAUCCAGCAAGAUGAUUGGCAUGCCCUGCAUUUGCGUAGGAUGACAGCUGGGUUCAUGGGCAUGGCUCUAUCCAUCAUUCUCUUUGGCUGGACCAUUGGCAUUUUGGGCUGUUGCUGGCAGCAAGGCCUCAUGCAUUACGUCGCCGGUCUACUCUUCCUAAUGGGAGGUACCUUCUGCAUCAUCUCUCUGUGCACCUGUGUAGCCGGCAUCAACUUCGAACUGUCUCGCUACCCACGUUAUCUGUUCAGCCUCCCGGAUGAUAUAAGCCAUGGAUACGGCUGGUCCAUGUUCAGUGCCUGGGGAGGGCUGGGACUGACCCUCAUAGCCGGGUUCUUCUGCACCCUGGCACCAUCGAUUCAACCUCCUCCACCAACCCGUACCUCCUGUCCCAAGUCUCGCAUGGAGAACGGAACGGUGUGCUAAAGCUUCACAUGUUGUGACACUUGAUACAUUCACACGAACUUGUUCAUAGACUUUGUUAUGGGUGUUAAAAUCACGGAGGCUGGAAGUUGUUCUGGAAGGAGGACCUAUGAAAGCACAUUUGUACAGUUGUAUAAAAGCUUUCUUCAUGACAUGAGUUCAGCAUGUCCUUGGUGUUUGUCCUUGUGUUCGGUAGAUCGUGUUUGAAUUGAGACAAAUUCACGGUUUCAAAAAUCAUUUCAUUAUGUGCUAUAAAUGUUUUCAAUGUCAAAAAUUUCGUCAUUGGACAAUAAAAUGUCUCAUGUAAGAAAACGAUUCUACUGUUUCUAGAUCAGGAAAAAAAAGAGAAUCAAACGGAGGCACUGAAUACUCAAUUUUAUUUAAGAUUUCACUGUUCCAGACCAGCAGAAAAGGGGGUCAAUUCUUCUCUUUUAGCGCUUUAUUUUGCAUUAAAUGAUUUCAGCAGCAUGUUAAACCCAAA